AUGAACAUUUUUAUGUUGUCAAUAAUAUGUGUAGUUUGUGCAUUUGAUUUACCAGGAAUUAAAUAAAAGAUGUAUGUUGAAGGAGAAUAGAUUUCUGUUUUAAUCAAUGAAAUGACUUCAGAAUCUACACAGCUUCCAUAUGAUUAUUAUGAUCUUGAUAUCUGCAAACCUGAAUCCACUGAAAAUCAAAACUAAAAUAUUGGAUCCAUGAUUUUAGGCACUUUGAUUCAAUAGUCUUCUUAUAAAGUAAUAUAAUAAUUAUAAUCAUAGAUCUUUUUGAAUUAUGAAAUAAAUGAUGAAUUAGUUUGUAUUAAAAAUUUUACUUAAACAGAAUAAAACAAUCUUAAAUGGUUUAUUGAUCAUGAUUAUAGAGUCAACAUGCUAAUUGAUGAUUUACCUAUUUUAUCUAGAGAUUAUUUAAAUAAUACGAAAAUUGGAGUUCCUUUAGGGAUACGAAAUAUUAAUUAGUAUUAAUUUUACAAUCAUUAUAAUUUUAAAGUGGAGAUUUACAAUACUUCUAAAUCACAAAUAAACUAGACUUUUAGUAUUAAUUCAAUAAGAGUUGAAUUUGAAUCAAAAUGUUAGGAUAGUCCCUCCAUAAAAUCAGGAAUAGAUUGUCCAAUCAAUUAAUAGAUGAAUAUUACAUAUUCUGUAGAAUUUUCAAUGACUAAUUCAUCGAACAGAUGGUCAGCCUAUUUUAAUAUAGUGAAUGAUUCUGAUCAAUAAUGGGUAUCAAUAAGCAUAACUUUUACUAUAUCUCUUCUUUUAACUGUUAUAAUUGCUUGGUUUAUUAGAUUUACAAUAAAAAGAGAUGUUUUGAAAUUUGAAGCUUUGCCAUAAGAUGAGAAUGAUAUUUUAAUUGAUUAAAUGGGUUGGAAAUAAAUUAGUAGAGAUGUCUUUAGACCUCCAUCUGGCAUAUUAUUUUUAAGUGUUUUAAUUGGAACUGGAAUAUAAUUUACUAUGAUGACAAUAUCCAUUUUCUUUUUUUCAUCAAUAGGUUUCCUAUAUUCAGCACACACAGGAAAUUUAGCUACUGUUGUUAUUGUUGUUUAUGUAUUUACAGGUAGUUUAAAUGGAUAUUAUUCAUCUAAAUUUUAUAAGUAUUUCAAAGGUGAAUAUUGGUUAUUAUGUACUUUAGGAAGCAAUUUAGCAUUUCCUAUUAUGGCCUUAUUUAUUUUUGGAAUUGAAAAUAUUGCUCUAAUGUUUGAAGAGUCUUCUAAUGGAUUAGAUUUUAAAUCAGGAGUCACAUUCAUUGCCUUAUAACUUGGUAUUCAAACUCCACUUAACUUAAUUGGAUCUUUUAUUGGAUUUAAAUUUGAAUCUCCUAAGAAUCCAUGUAAAUAUGGAUAAAUUCCUUAAGAAAUUCCAUCCUAACCUUUUUAUUUGGAUUAUUUUUAUAGUUGUUUAAUUGGAGGACUUAUUUGCUUUAUGUAAAUUAUUUAUCUUUUAAUUUAGAUCUGUUGGUCUUGAGAUUAGUUAGAUUAUGUAAUUAAUUUGGUAAAAUUCCUAUUAUGAAUUCUUUGUCUCUUUAUUCUUUACUGCUAUCUUAUUGAUUAUCAUUAGUGCAGAGGUGUCCAUUUUAACAGUUUAUUUAUUAAUUUAAAAUUAAAAUCAUAGAUGGUGGUGGAAAGCCUUUUUUGUACCAUUUACUUCAGGUGUAUAUUUAUUUAUAUAUUCAAUCUAAUAUUAUUUAGAUUAAUUGCUAUUUACCAGGUAUUUUUAUUUAUUACUUAGAUUCUCAACAAUUCUAUAUUAUUUUGGUACUAUGUAUAUGGCAUCUUUAUGUUUAGGAUUAGUUUGUGGAACAGUGGGAUUCAUAGCAAGUCACAUUUUUGUUAAAAAAAUCUAUUCAAUGAUCAAAUUAGAUUGA